AUUUCCUAGGGCCGCACUCAUGGUGUCAGACUCACGUGGGCUCAUCACUGCGUCCUCUCAUAUUUUCAAUGUGAAUGACUUUUAUUAGGAAAUCUGAAAAUUAGUGAAAGGUUCAUUUUUCUCAGCAUCCGGAAGGCUCUAAGGGCAGCCAGGAGGGGCGCGAACAGGGGCUUUGCCCUCCUUGAGAGACAGCAUGAACACAGAUGUUCCCAGCGCAGGCGAAGUAGAAUGCUGGCUUCAGGCGUUAUGGGGGAGGUAGGCAGGAAUGUUGCCUUUCUGGACAUUCGUUCUAAAUUAGCGCCUGUGUACCCAGGGCUGGGUAUAAACUAAGGAGUAAGACAUUGUCCCUGCUCCUAUGGAGCGUGGAGUGCAUCAGAGGAGACAAAUGCAGAAAAAUUACAUUUUAGUGGAAUAAAUGAAGACUGGCUACUCGGAUCGGCGCUUAGCCUGGUGGGACGCCAGGCGCGGGAAGCGGAACCUAAGUGUCGAAGGUUCGGGUUUCCGGGGGUGGUGGGUGCACACAAGCGGCGCACCGUUAAGAUGGCGGCUGGGCUGCGGAAACGCGGCCGGUCCGGUUCCGCGGCCCAGGCAGCGGGACUCUGCAAUCAAUGGCUGCAGCGCGCCUGGCAAGAUCGGCGCCUGCUGCUGCGGGAGCCGCGCUACACGCUGCUGGUGGCCGCCUGCCUCUGCCUGGCGGAGGUGGGCAUCACCUUCUGGGUCAUUCACAGGGUGGCAUACACAGAGAUUGACUGGAAGGCCUACAUGGCCGAGGUAGAAGGCGUCAUCAAUGGUACCUAUGACUAUACCCAACUGCGGGGUGACACCGGACCACUUGUGUACCCAGCUGGUUUCGUGUACAUCUUUAUGGGGUUGUACUAUGCCACCAGCCGAGGCACUGACAUCCGCAUGGCCCAGAACAUCUUUGCUGUGCUCUACCUGGCUACCUUGCUGCUUGUCUUCUUGAUCUAUCACCAGACCUGCAAGGUACCUCCCUUCGUCUUUUUCUUCAUGUGCUGCGCCUCUUACCGUGUCCACUCCAUCUUUGUGCUGCGGCUCUUCAAUGACCCAGUGGCUAUGGUGCUGCUCUUCCUCAGUAUCAACCUCCUGCUGGCCCAGCGCUGGGGCUGGGGCUGCUGCUUUUUCAGCCUGGCAGUCUCUGUGAAGAUGAAUGUGCUGCUCUUCGCCCCUGGGUUACUGUUUCUUCUCCUCACACAGUUUGGCUUCCGUGGGGCCCUCCCCAAGCUGGGCAUCUGUGCUGGCCUUCAGGUGGUGCUGGGGCUGCCCUUCCUGCUGGAGAACCCCAUCGGCUACCUGUCCCGCUCCUUUGACCUUGGCCGCCAGUUUCUGUUCCGCUGGACAGUGAACUGGCGCUUCCUCCCAGAGGCUCUCUUCCUGCAUCGAGCCUUCCACCUGGCCCUGUUGACUGCCCACCUCACCCUGCUCCUGCUGUUUGCCCUCUGCAGGUGGCACAGCCCCCCACACACACUCCUGCCCUUGGCCUUGACCACCGCAUACAGAUCGUUUCUACCCUCUUCACCUCCAACUUCAUUGGCAUCUGCUUCAGCCGCUCCCUCCACUACCAGUUCUACGUCUGGUAUUUCCACACACUGCCCUACCUCCUGUGGGCCACGCCUGCACGCUGGCUCACACACCUGCUCAGGUUGUUGGUGCUGGGGCUCAUCGAGCUCUCCUGGAACACAUACCCUUCCACAUCCUGCAGCUCUGCUGCCCUGCACGUAUGCCAUGCCGUCAUCCUGCUGCAGCUCUGGCUGGGCCCGCAGCCUUUCCCCAAGAGCACCCAACACAGCAAGAAAGCCCACUGAAGUCCACCCCUUUCGCUCCAGUCCACCCUCAGGACCUGAGGUGGGAUGGACUCUGUGCCCUUCCAAAUAAACCUUGCUAAGUCCAA